AUGGUCUUUUUUUCUCUUUGCUCUGCUCUUUUGGCCUCUUCCCCCCCCUCGAUUCUGUCUUGUACCCAUGGACUCAUGCAAAUCCAUCCAUGUCAGUGUUGGUGUGAUUUUCUGCCCCCCCCUCUGUCUGUUGUGUGGUUGGUUCAAAGUGCGAAGUGCGGCUUGUCCAGCACGAAACCCCUGUCGCAAGGAGCUCGGAGGGAGUCCGGACGAUUGGCCGGCGAUAACGCACGUUGUCUGAGACCAGCGCGACGCCCAGAUGGGGUUUUUGGUCUCGUCAGCCCGGUGCAAACCGUACCCAAACCGCCGGUUAUCCGUCUUUGCUGA